UAUCACUAAUAACGCUGAUACACCCUCUAUUAUGUGACGGAGCUCGCAUAUUGGCAUUGUUCCAUCUCAACUCUCUCAGCCACUUCUUGGUGAUGGAACCUCUACUUUUGGAGCUACAUCAGAGAGGGCACCAUCUCACCGUCGUUUCCAGCUUUCCCCAGAAGACGCCACUGGAGAACUACACGGAUAUUGACUUUUCUUCCCAAUUCCCACCGCCUACCAGUACCUUCACUUUGGAAACCAUAAGAAAUAAAAUGCCUAAUUAUUUAAAGACUGUAAUAUUUUUCAUUGAAUAUCACAUAGGUUUGAGUGAAGAAGUAUUGAAAAGCCAACGAGUAUUGGAUCUAGUAGGUGAGAAGUUUGACCUAGUGAUAGGAGAGAUUUUUGGAGAUGACACUCUCACCUACAUAUCCCACAAGAUGAAAGUUCCUUACAUCGGAUGGGUUACAAGUACCCCCUUACCUUGGAUCGCUUUUCACUCUGACAUCCCAGAUAACCCAGCAUAUAUUCCCAAUUUCUUUGUUAGCUUAUGCUCAGAUAUGACGUUAUUUCAGCGAAUUUAUAAUGCAGUUUCCCUGUAUUACGCAAAGGUGAUGUAUCAUAUUUUGUCAGAAAUUCCUUCUCAGAAAAUAGCGGAGAAAGUGUUUAAAGAAAAGCUGCCUUCCAUGAGGGAUAUAAACCAAAAAACCUCUCUGAUUUUGGUUAACAGCCAUUUCUCUUUGUCAAAGAGUCGACCUUUCCCACCAAAUUAUGUAGAGGUCGGGGGAAUCCACAUCAAGAAACCUAAAUCUUUGCCAAAGGACAUCCAAGAAUUUCUGGACGGUGCCUAUAAUGGGGCGGUCCUGUUCAGUUUUGGUUCAAUAGUGCGGUUGUCCUCGCUGCCUCCUCCAACGGUCCGGAAGUUCCUUAAUGUAAUUUCAAACAUGCCUCAGAGGUUCAUAAUGAAGUACGAGGAGGAACUGCCAGAUGCACCACCAAACGUCAUGUACAUGAAAUGGUUGCCUCAGAGCGACAUUCUUGCCCAUCCCAAUGUUCGCGCCUUCGUCUCCCAUGGAGGUCAAGCUAGUACAAUGGAGGCCGUAUAUUUCGCCAAGCCUUUAGUUGCUGUCCCAUUCUUCGGCGACCAAUACCAUAAUGCCAAUAACGUGGUGUGUAGCGGAGCAGCCAUUUUACUGGACAUCGACAACUUUUCUCAGGCUGACUUUUUACGUGCUCUAAGUGCAGUUCUGAAUGAUUCUUGGUACAUAGAAAACAUGAAGAGAUUGUCACAUCAGUUUCGGGACCGGCCGAUGACAGCGCUGCAGACGGCAGUGUACUGGACAGAGUACGUCAUCAGACAUCAGGGAGCACCACACUUGCGGCCAGCCUCUGUCAAUGUGCCGCUGUACCAGUACUUGUUACUUGACGUCAUCGCCGUUCUUGCCGUUUGGUUGGCCUCUUUGUUUCUCGUAUUGUACUGGCUAAUAAGACUUACCUUUUAUAUGAGAACACCAAUUAGCCGAUAGGUCUUUAUAAUCUUCACAAUCUACUUAUGUGUACGGUGGAUUAAGGGAAGCAUAAACAUUGUGCAUAAACUAAAUUUUAAAGCCAAUUUAAACAUAUAUGUUAUCACAGCUUUUCAGGUUACCAACUACCUUGCUAAUGGGUAUUCCCUGAUAAAACUGAUAAUGUGUUUUAGAUAUGGUGAGAUAAUUGUUAUGAACCGUUCCAUGUUCUUUGGUAUGAAUUUUAAAACUUAUAAUAAUUAUUAUUUAUUAUUAGUUGAGGUAGAAUAAUAAUAGUAAAACAUACAAUGAUGAGUCUUGAUAGUAAAUUUGUUAUACUAUAGCCGAAGAGAAAAU